AGAUCUAUAGCUAUUUCCUGAUUGGUUCUUAAGCUUAUGUUUACGUCUUAUGCUUAUGCUUACGGAAAUUCAUGUGCGAUGGUCUUUAGGUGUCAAAUAACCUACAACGAAAGUUCGGUUGACGGCACGUUAAAUCUUAAAAAAAACAAAAAAACUAACGAUUAAUAUUUCGCUUCUCGGGAAGUGCCGAGGAGCGACUCUUUUUUCUGCCAGAUUUGUUCGUUUGAAGCAAAACCGUAUCGAAUAAGCACAACUACAUCGAUAUUUGAAUACCAGUGCCUAAACUGAAUAAUUACCUUAGUAAAUAUAACUAAAUAGAGGGUAAUCGACACAAUGCCAAAAUUACCACGUAUCACUAGAUCCUUGCGAAUGUUUACUACUCUGGAGCGCAGAGAAGAAAUAUUGGAUUUUGAACCAAAUGACUUAUUUAAAAAAAGGCAGGAAUGGACAAAACGAUUAAAAAGCAUUCCUGAUUGGUAUGAUAUAUACAAAAAUGCAUCUAAAAAACUUUCGGCUCAUCUGUUAGCAUUAAGAGACUCCGUGCAACAGGCUCUAGGGAAUGAUUCCUCAGACGUUAUUGAUGAAUUUACAGUUUACGCAUUACAUUUGUUAAUCAAAGAAAAAAAAUUAUCACGUGAAAAAUAUAAUAUACUUGGUAAAAAAUCAGGACAUUUAACAUAUCAGUAUGCAGAGGUUAUGAUGCAGAUAGUCAUUGAAAUUCAGAAGGAAUGUUACGAGGAAGCUAUAGAACUGUUAUCAGAGUGUAAAGAGAAUGCAAACGCUCCAGAUUUGCAAAUUUUUGAUCCAGAUAUUUAUUAUAAUUCAGCUAGAACCGUGUGGCCCAAUACUAGUGAUCUUCACAAUAUGUCUACAGAAAAAACAAAUUCAAAUACUGAUAAAUUUACAAUGAUGAUAUGCGAAACAAAACCUUCACAGAAGAAAUCUACAUUUGAUCAAGCGACAUUCAUAAAAGGAUUGAAAAGCUGUUACAAAAAAUGUAGCACAGAAAUGUCACAUCAAGAUUUUGCAACGAUGAUAAUAGAGAAAUUAAAGAUCUCGGAAAAUAUACAAAUGGAACUCUUCGAUAUGUUAGGUUGCGAACAUUUUGAAUUCAUUGAAUAUAUUAUCGAACAUCAGAAGACUAUUGUGUCAACAUAUUUGUGUUCAAAAGUGACCAAGAGGCCUCAAACAACUGUACAGGGUCCUAUAAUGAGUGGUCAGGUAACCGUGCAAUCCGAUGUGGAAAAACAAUUGUACAAGCAAGUGCGUAAGGAGGAAAAAAAGUUAAAUAAAAUGGCGAACAGGCGAGACGCCAAGACGGAAGUCGAAGAGAAAGAAUUUGAUUCAACUGAACUGCAAAUUAGAAAACAUGAGGCAUUUAAAGCCACGUGCACCCCGUUAUUUCCUAAACGGGAUACUCUGAUAAGAGGUAUGCAGGAGCAUUAUCCAUUCGUAUUUGAUUCUAAAGCAAGUGCUAGAAUGAGCAUUGUGUCAGGGCAAAAGUUAUUGUUGGCCGAAGAUGUUAAAAGAGAGGAUAACGAGCUGUGGGAGCAAGUACAUAUACCAAUAUCAGUACAAAAACCUAUGGAUGUUAAAAUAAAUCCCGUGUUAAUAUCUUCUCUAGACGAAAUUGGGCAAAUAGCUUUCAGUAACAUAACAUCAUUAAACAGGAUUCAAAGUAUAGUUUUCGACGCGGCAUACAACACUAAUGAGAAUCUACUGAUUUGCGCACCAACCGGCGCAGGAAAGACGAAUGUGGCUAUGCUGACUGUAGUACAUCAAUUGAAGCAGAACAUUCAAGAUGGGCAGUUGCAAAAGAGUCAAUUUAAGAUAAUCUACAUUGCGCCCAUGAAGGCCUUGGCAGCAGAGAUGACUGCCAACUUUAACAAGAGACUCGGCCGACUGGGUGUGUGCGUUCGUGAAUUGACUGGUGAUAUGCAGCUGACGAAACGAGAGAUCCAAGAGACUCAAAUGAUAGUAACUACACCAGAAAAGUGGGACGUUGUCACAAGAAAGGGUACAGGGGAUAUCUCCCUCACUAGUAUCGUGAGACUACUUAUCAUCGACGAGGUUCAUUUGCUGCAUGGCGACAGGGGACCUGUGGUAGAAGCGUUAGUCGCAAGAACCUUGCGCCAAGUAGAAUCGUCACAGAGUAUGAUCAGGAUAGUCGGUUUGUCCGCGACACUCCCAAAUUACGUGGAUGUUGCGCGAUUUUUACGCGUCAAUCCUUACAAAGGAUUAUUCUACUUUGAUCACCGUUUUCGGCCAGUACCGCUCAGUCAAACUUUUAUCGGCGUGAAGGCAGUUAAGCCGCUGCAGCAGAUGAUUGAUAUGGAUCUCGCAUGCUACAACAAUGUCGUGGAAAUGGUGCAACAGGGCCAUCAGGUUAUGGUAUUCGUGCACGCGCGAAAUGCUACUGUGAGGCUGGCGAACGUCUUGAAAGAAAUGGCAUUGAAAAACAAUACGCUCAAGUACUUUGUAUCCAACGAACAUGCGAAGCACGUAAACAAAGCCUUCGCGAAGUCGCGCAACACGUAUCUGGGAGAAUUAUUUAAUAAUGGGUUGUCAGUGCAUCACGCUGGCCUGCUGCGCUCCGACAGAAAUCUAGUCGAGAAAUACUUUGCUGACGGUCUAAUCAAGGUGUUGGUAUGCACUUCCACAUUGGCGUGGGGCGUAAAUUUGCCCGCACAUGCGGUCAUCAUACGCGGCACCGAGAUUUAUGAUUCGAAACAUGGCUCGUAUGUGGAUCUGAGCAUCCUAGAUGUGCUCCAAAUCUUUGGUCGUGCUGGUCGACCACAAUUCGACAAUUCGGGACACGCGGUUAUCAUCGCGUCGCACAAUAAGCUGUCCCAUUACCUGUCGCUGUUGACAAAUCAAAUACCAAUUGAGAGCAGCUUCAUUAUAUAUUUGGCUGACAAUCUAAACGCCGAAAUCGCUCUGGGUACAAUAUCGAACGUGACGGAGGCCGUCGAGUGGCUGAGCUACACUUAUCUCUUUGUACGAAUGAAACUGAACUUUCAAGCGUAUGGUAUGGGCUAUCAGGACGUCCAGAAUGAUAUCAAUCUUGAAAAGAGACGAAAAGAAAUUGUGGAUAUUGCUGCUCGGGCGUUGGAUAAGGCGCAAAUGAUCAGGUAUAACGCGUGCACUGGUGAUCUCAACGCAACCGAUUUAGGACGUAUCGCAAGCCAUUAUUAUCUUAAAUAUGAUACGGUCGAGAUAUUUAACGAGCUGCAGAAGCCUAUUAUGACCGAACCGGAAAUUCUAGCGAUGAUAUCGCGCGCCCAAGAAUUUGAGCAGCUCAAGGUGCGGGACGACGAAGUAGACGAGUUGGAUAAACUGAUGCAAGAAUGCCAGCUUGUGGCGCAAGGUGGUGUGGAAAACGUCUACGGUAAGGUCAACAUACUGCUGCAGAUGUAUCUGUCUAGAGAGCGGGUGAACACGGCAUCAUUGAUAUCCGAUCAGGCGUACGUCACACAGAACGCCAUGCGGAUAGCCAGAGCACUAUUCGAGAUCAUGCUCAGGCGCAAUAAUGCAAUAAUGGCUGGACGGAUGCUGCACAUAGCCAAAAUGUUUGAGGCGCAGCAAUGGGACUUUCUAACACCGCUGCGCCAAUUUGAUUGCCUCUCUAUGGAAGUCAUCGACAAAAUCGAGGCGAGGAAUCUCGGAAUUUAUCGUCUGCAGGAAAUGGAUGUGAAGGAGAUUGGUUAUAUUUUGCGGGACCAACGGAUGGCGACACUAGUUAAAAAGUGCUGCAACGAAUUACCUGCGUUGAACAUGGAAUACAGUUUACAGCCCAUUACGCGUACCGUCUUAAGGAUACGGCUCAGUCUGAUUUCGCAGUUUUGCUGGAACGACAAGGUUCACGGGAAGACCUCUCAAGCCUUCUGGAUAUGGAUAGAGGAUCCUGAUAAUAAUUUUAUUUAUCAUCAUGAGUACUAUAUAUUAACAAAGAAGAUGGUCUGUAUGAACCUCAAGCAGGAGCUCGUCAUCACAAUACCGUUGUCCGAACAAUCGCUGCCGACCCAAUAUCUGGUGAGAAUUAUGAGCGACCACUGGCUCGGCUGCGAGACCUCAUUUCCGUUGACCUUCCAUGAUCUCAUUUUGCCGGAAACCCAUCCUCCACACACGAAUUUAUUAGAAUUACAACCGUUACCGAUUACCGCUCUCAAAGAUCCAGGUUUUGAGAGUUUGUACAACUUCUCUCAUUUCAAUCCGAUACAAACACAGAUCUUUCAUUGUCUCUAUCAUACUGAUAACAAUGUUCUCCUUGGUGCCCCGACCGGCUCAGGGAAAACUAUUGCUGCGGAGAUCGCUAUGUUUCGCAUUUUCAAACAGCAUUCCGAUCGAAAGAUCGUUUAUAUAGCGCCUCUGAAAGCUUUGGUUAGAGAGCGUAUAAACGAUUGGAAGGUACGAUUGGAGGAACGGUUGGGUAAAAGAGUGGUAGAGUUAACCGGAGAUGUGUCGCCCGACGUGAAGAUCAUAGCUGGCGCGAGUGUCAUCGUCACAACACCUGAGAAGUGGGACGGUAUCAGUAGAAGCUGGCAGACACGAGGCUAUGUGAAAAAGGUGGCACUUAUAGUAAUCGACGAAAUUCACCUAUUGGGCGAGGAUCGCGGGCCGGUUCUUGAAGUGAUCGUUUCACGAAACAACUUUAUAUCUUCGCAUACAUGCAACAAGGUUCGAGUCGUGGGGCUCUCGACCGCGCUAGCCAAUGCGCGAGAUCUGGCUAACUGGCUCGGCAUCGAGGAGAUGGGCCUUUACAAUUUCCGACCGUCCGUGAGACCCGUACCAUUAGAGGUUCACAUCAACGGAUUUCCCGGCAAGCAUUACUGUCCUCGAAUGGCGACCAUGAAUAGACCGACCUUCCAGGCGAUCAAGCAACACGCGCCUGACAGUCCCUCCCUCGUGUUUGUGUCUUCUCGCAGGCAAACACGCUUGACUGCCUUGGAUCUGAUCGCUUACCUCGCGACGGAAGAUAAUCCCAAACAGUGGUUGCACAUUCCAGAAGAGCAAAUGAAUAACAUUUUAGAGAAUAUUAAUGAUUCGAAUCUAAAGCUUACACUCGCUUUCGGAAUUGGUCUUCAUCACGCUGGUCUUCAAGACAGAGACAGGAGAACCGUUGAGGAAUUAUUUGUAAAUAAUAAGAUACAGGUAUUAAUUACUACGGCCACUUUGGCUUGGGGCGUUAAUUUUCCUGCUCAUCUGGUGGUGAUAAAAGGCACUGAAUAUUACGACGGUAAAUUGAAGCGUUACGUAGACAUGCCGAUAACGGAUGUCCUCCAAAUGAUGGGUCGCGCUGGUAGACCACAAUUUGAUAAUUCCGGUGUAGCAGUUGUUCUCGUACAUGACUUGAAGAAGAAUUUCUAUAAGAAGUUUUUAUAUGAACCAUUCCCCGUGGAAUCAAGCUUGAUGGCAGUAUUGCCGGAUCACAUUAAUGCUGAGAUCGUUGCCGGUACUAUCAAGAACAAACAAGAAUUUCUAGAUUACUUAACGUGGACAUAUUAUUUUCGAAGAUUGAUGAAAAAUCCCAGGUAUUACGACUUGGAUGUCUUGGAGCCUCACCGUAUCAACGAAUAUCUUUCGAGAUUGGUAGAGACCACAAUAAAGACGUUAAUCGAUUCACAUUGCAUUGAUGACGAUGAGGAUGAGCAAACUUUAAUUUCAUUGCCAAUGGGUAAGAUAGCAUCAUUCUAUUACCUAUCGCACAAUACGAUGUUGAUGUUCACACAAUCGCUCGAGAAAAAUUUGACCUUAGAUCAGUGCCUACGUAUACUUUGCAACUCGCACGAAUACAAUGAAUUACCUGUGAGACAUAAUGAGGAAUUGUUAAAUGAGGAAUUGGCGAAACUGUGUCGUUACUCCGUGAAUCAGUACGAUUCUCCACAUACAAAAACAUUUCUCUUGCUGCAAGCGCAUUUCUCAAGGCUAUCGCUACCUUGUACUGAUUAUAUCACCGAUUUGAAAUCGGUGCUCGAUCAAACAAUCAGAAUAUUACAGGCAAUGAUCGAUACAGUCGCAGAACGUGGAUGGUUAACGAGCACAUUAAGGAUGAUGCAACUAUUUCAAAUGAUCGUGCAAGCACGAUGGAUAGACGAAUCCGCGAUUACAACAUUGCCACAUAUAAGGAAGGAAGAUCUGGAUUUGUUUUCAUCAUUGUCGAUGGCCCUUCCAGUAUUAUGUUUCACCACAAGUGACAAUUACGAUAAACUUGCAAAAGUUUUGUGUGAAAGAGAAUAUCGGACAGACCAAAUACGUGAGAUAUAUCAAGUAAUUAGAGACAUGCCGAUAAUAUCAGUCGAUUUAACACUGGAGAGUUCCUGGGACAGUAACCUUAAGAAAAGGAUAACAUUAAAGUCCGAUAAUGAUGAUUCUAUAGCUGUUCAGAAAAACGAGGAUUAUACAUUAACUAUUGGGCUGAAAAGAACCAACAAUUCCAGAACUUUAAAAGUACAUUGUCCGAUGUUUCUAAAAGGAAAGAAUGAGAGCUGGUUCUUGAUAUUGGGCGAUAUUCAAAAUAGAGAAUUGUGGGCUCUAAAGAGGGUAUCCAGUAUAAAUAAUCAGCAGAGUUAUCAUCAAAUGCAAUUUACCGCACCUAACAGCUUAGGACCAACAAAAUUGACAUUCUACUUAAUUUCUGAUUGCUAUAUGGGAUUGGAUCAGCAAUAUAGUAUUUAUCUAGAUGUAAAAUGCUAAACAUUAUAUUUAAUCAAACAGUAGAUAAUAUAUUCAAUUCGUUAAUUUUUCUAUAUUGUUAUUAUAUAAAAAUUAUGAAAAAAGAAUAAGAAAGUUUAGUUUUUUUAAUAAAGGAAAAAUAGGAUUUGCUGUAUAUGAAUAUAAUUAUGGCAUAUUUAUUGCAAGUUAUGUACAGAAACUUGUAUAUUUUUUCAUGUAAUUUUAUUACACAUCUAUGAAAUAUAUAUGUAUGGAUUA